UCUAAACAAGCAUGGAAGAGGAACACGCAUCGAAAACCUUGUUCAUUCGGAAUUUGCCGUAUUCCACGACUAAUCAAGACCUAGAAAAAAUAUUCAGUGACGUAGGACCAUUGAAACAAUGUUUUGUAGUAAAAGAUAAUGAUAAUCCAAACAGAUGUAGGGGAUUUGGUUAUGUGACUUUUUCACUCAGAGAAGAUGCUGUAAAGGCCAAGGAUGAAGUUAAGGCAGUAAAUGCAAGGAAACUGCACAUAACCUUUGCUGACAAAAAGUUCAAGAAACUAGCUGGAAGAAACAAAAAUGUCACAGACAGGGAAAAAACUGAAGGAUUUAACAAAGCAAAAGAAAAAGACAAAAAAGAAAAAGAUAAACAAAAGAAGAAAAAGAAGACAAAGAAACCCCGACUGAUCAUAAGGAACCUGCCUUGGAAGUGCACUGAAGAAGAUUUGAAGACAUUUUUUUCAAAACAUGGUAGUAUUGUGGAAGUCCGUGUGCCAAAGAAAUCACAUGGCAAGUCAGCUGGGUUUGGAUUUGUGGAGUUUACAGACAUGGCUUCUGCCAAUAAAGCUAUUACCAAGACCAACGCAACACAGCUUCUGGGUCGCCCUGUAGCUGUAGACUGGGCUAUGCCCAAGGGAGUUUAUGAUAGAGAGCAGAAGAAAAAACAAGAACAUCAGGGUUCUGAGGAUGACUCUGGCUCCUUCAGUGGUAAUGGAUCAGAUGAUAGUGAGGAGGAGGGCAGUGAUGAGCAAGCAGACAGCAGUGAUGUAGAUAAGGGAGAGAUCUCCGAUGAAGAGGUAGAUAGUGAUCUGGAUGAUAGAGAGGAUGAGGGAGAAAGGAGCAUCAGUGAAGAUGAAGAUGUAGAAGAGGAAUCAGAUGAGGGUUUUACUGAUGAUGAUGAUGAUGAUAAUGAUGAUGAUGAUGCUGGUGGUGGUGAUAAAGAAGAAGAAAAAUGGAAAAGCAAACUCAGACAAAACCUGAAGAGUGAUGUAGAGGAAGGAAGAACAGUUUUCAUAAGAAACCUUUCAUAUGACUCCUUAGAAGAAGAUGUGGAGGAAGCAUUUUCAGAGUUUGGUGAAAUUAAUUAUGUCAAAAUUGUUCUUAACCCAGACACAGAACAUUCUAAAGGUUUGGCAUUUGUGCAGUUCAAGGACCAGGAAGCAGCAGAGACAUGUUUACAGAAGGCUAAUGAUGAAAAAGAAGGUGGGGGCAUUGUUUUAGAUGGAAGAAAACUAUUGGUGUCUUUAGCAGUGGAUAGAAACAAGGCUGCCGAAUUGAAAAAAAAGGACACAGAAAAACAGAGCAAGGACAACCGCAAUCUUCAUCUGGCGAGAGAAGGAAUGAUAAGAGCAGGCACACAGGCAGCAGAAGGCUUGAGCCAAAGUGACCUAUCUAAAAGGAUGAAGGUAGAAAUGUUGAAGAGACAGAAACUGAAGAACCCAAAUGUGUUCAUUUCUCCAGUACGUCUCUGCAUCAGAAACCUCCCAGUUCGAAUAGAUGACAAGGAGUUGAAGAAGAUGUUCCUCAAAGCAGCACAGGAUAGGAAAGCUAAAAUAGUGGAGAGUCGUAUAAUGAGAGAUUUCUCCCAAGUGAAUUCUCAGGGGGAAGCCAAGUCAAAGGGGUAUGGUUUUGUUACUUUCACAGACCAUGAACAUGCACUCAAGGCCCUGAAUGCCACCAAUAACUCACCAGACCUGUUUGGUGAAAAGAAGAGACUAAUUGUUGAGUUUUCACUGGAAAACAAACUUGCUCUGCAAGCCAAACAGAAGAGGCUUUCAAGAAACCAGGCUAAAGAAGGAACAUUGAAGAGAAAGCACAGUGACUCAGCAAACAGCACAUCACAACAGCCCUCAAAUAAAAAGAAAAGAAAAAAACAGUCAAAUGACAAUGUAGUAGAGACACUUCUUUCAAAAGAUAAAGUCAAAAACAAAGGUGAUUCUAGUCAAAAACUUCCCAAGGGGCUUCCAAAGCAUUGGGGCCCUAAGAUAAGACAUAAACCUAGGGGAGGUGGUAAGAUUACAGGGAAAGGAAAGAAGAAGGAACUGAAGAAUGCAAGACCACCAAGAAGUAGAGAGCAUCCUGAGGCAAAGGACCCUUCUAAAAAGAAGAAGAAUAGGAGGAAAUCCAAGUAUCAGACUGAUGAUUUUGAUAAUUUGGUAAACAAAUACAGACAGAAACUGAUGCCAUCACACAAGAACACUGCUGCAAGGAGUGGGAAAUGGUUUGCAUAGGAACUAGGAAACAAGUGGUGCAAUGUAACUUCUACCAUGAUACAUUGUCAAACCAACCACAAUAUAUUGUCACACCUACCACAAUAUACUGUCACACCAGCCACACUCACUCCUUAUUCCUAGUAUAUAUCAUCACAAAAUGGUGCCAUCAUAGUAUCAAGAUAGUGUUAUCUAUCUUAAAAAUACAUGUAUAGACCUUUCAUUUCUUAGGUGUAGUCACACAGCAAAAUGUGAUAUCGGCCACCAUACCAUACACAUAAACACAGCUAUCACACUGACCAAUCUACCACACUUUCAUUUGUACAACAAGUGCGCUGUGGUCACAUCCAGCUGCAGUGUAGAUGUGAGAAUGUACAUGUAGCAUUAGUCUGUAUUGCUGGGCAUUUCAUCAUUGUUACGACCUUCAUUGUGAACUUCCAAAUCCACAAGGACUAGGAUGGGAUUCAACAGCAUGACCUUUUUACCAGCACAGCUGCUCAAGAUUAAGAGAGAUACAUCUCAGUGCUGGCUGUCAGGAUAUUCAAACAUUACUAUCUUCCACAGUGAAUGUGAUAUCUUAAUUGAAACACGGUGAUGUUUCAGAGUUGUUGAAGAAAAAGAUGGGUCAAUUAGAUGUAAAUGAAGGCAGUGUCCGUGAGGAGUUUGGUAAAAAAGGACUGUAUGUAAUUUGUGACUAUGUGAAAGCACUAAGUGAAAUGAUAUUUUAUGUUGCAUGUCAUUUGAGAAUUUUCUGCAGAGGUCCAGAAAAAAUGUAUUCUUUAAACAGCAAAAUAGCUUAUAUUUCUGUCCAAACUAUUUUAUUAAAAGUAUUUAACUGAUUGAUUUAUGAACAUUUCUUUGUUUCUCUGUAAAUAAAAAAUUUAAAUAAUGAAUUGGGAUUAAAUUAUGAUGAUAAUUUAUGGUGUAAAUGACAGCUUUUUGCUGUGAAAAUUCUUGAAGUUAAAAAAGUAGAUGCAUAUAUUUAUUUAUUUAUUUUUCUCAGUCUAGAAAUAAAGAAAUAUUUCACGAAAUUAGUACUUACGUUUGCUGUGUAAUUACAGCACAGUACUAUAAGUAGUUAACGGAUUGCUGAUUUUAUUUCCGUGGGUUCUUCUAGAAAAUGCCUAUGCUCUCUAAUUAGUGUAAAUAGUUGGAGUAGUCUAGAAAAAUGGGGAAUCAUCAACCAAAUGGUUUUAGAGAAAUCAACUAUUGUCAGUGAUAUUUAUUUGCUCAGUUCUGUUACGUUUUUUAUGGAAAUGUAAAAAAUGGGUAACUUAAGAGGGAUAGGAACGGCGAAGCCACGUAUCAUUACGCUGAAUAAUUGACACUACACGUGCGUCAUUGAUAAUUAUAGUCCUCUAUUUCUGGUAUUCUAUUGUAUGAGAUACUUUAAGUUAAAAUCUUUAGCUAUAUUGUAACAUUCAAACAUGGUAUAAUUAUACCUUUUUUAUUUAUUUUUAAAAACUAUUUGAAUUAAACAUCCAAAUAUGCAGCCAUGGUUUGGGCAAGAUUUCCACUGCUUCCUCGCUGUGAAUUGAUUCUAAUUGAUAUUUAUUACUAACAAAAACGUAGUCUUAUAAAUAAUUCAACUGCAUUUUAUGGUCUAUCUUAAAGUGGUAUCAUAAGUAUACUUGCUUAAUAUCAAUUUUUUUACAAUACGUACAUGCGAAAGCUUAACCGGAGUCCAUUGAAUGGCAAUACCGAUUAAUAUGAAAUAAUACAAGGGUGCAGUUAACUUCUGA